CGUCAACACGUCUUGCUUCGUCGCCUGCUUGCCAACAAAGAUGCACACCAUUCACACCAACGCAAGUUUGAACGCAAACUGAGACAAGACAAGCAAGCAAGCAAGCAAGCAACAGGAUGGGGUGCAACGGGUCCAAGGCAACGGCCGUGUCCAAGGAACAAGGAGGAGGGCAGCAGCAGCAGGAGCAACAACAACAGCAACAGCCUUCUUCUGCGCCCUCGCAAAGCCAGACUGCCAACGUCUUCAUCGUAUUUGUGCUUGGCGGACCUGGCUCUGGGAAGGGAACGCAGUGCGCCAAGAUUGCGGAGGAGUUUGGCUUCAAGCACGUGUCCACUGGCGACCUGUUCCGUGAUGAGGUGAAGAAGGACAGCCCACGCGCGGAGAAGGUCAAGGAGAUCAUGAAGGAGGGCAAGCUCAUCCCGACAGAGCUGACGCUGGAGAUCCUGGCGGAUGCCAUGGAGAGCCUCGUGGCCGCGAGCGGAAGCGACAUCAAGGUCCUCCUGGACGGGUUCCCGCGCGAAAUCAGCCAAGUCCACGACUUUAAGAAGAAGUUUGAGCGGGACUGCAACUUUGCGUUGUACUUUGACGUGCCGGCGGAGGUGAUGAAGGACCGGUGCCUGAAGCGCGGGCAGUCGUCCGGGCGCAGCGAUGACAACGAGGAGACCAUCGCGCAGCGCGUCGAGACGUACUUCACAAAGUCAAAGCCCGUCGUCCACCACUUUGAGCAAGCCGGUCUUCUCAAGAGGGUAAGUCAGCUUGAUGUUGUGGACGGGUCGGAGAGGAAGACGCGCAGGGGAGGUUAA